AUGGAAAAGGACGCAGUGACACAGGUCGACCCGCCAGAACGGUCUAGCGAGGAUCACAGUAGCGAAGAGAAAGGCCAUCACGUCGAGGAGAUCAACCUCCAAAGUAAUGUUUCUGCCAAGAUCAAGAAUCCGCUCGCCGAUCUCAGCAAGAGUCAAGUCCUCCACGAUGUGGAAAAGUUCGCGAAUGAGUACCAGGUUACCGAUAUCCUUCCGGAGCUGAAGAACGGCGCCUUGGUCGCCCGGGACCCCGCCGACUUCGAGUCCUUGCCAGGUCUCACAGAGACGGAAGUCACUGCCCUCCGUGAUGAAGUGCUUCACAAAUGGCGCCAGCCAAAGGCUCUCUACUUCACGAUCAUUCUCUGCUCGAUUGGUGCCGCUGUUCAAGGCUGGGACCAGACGGGCUCGAACGGCGCGAACUUGUCAUUCCCCGACGCUUUUGGCAUCCCUGAGUCGGCAAGCGUGCGAAAUCAGUGGCUAGUCGGCGUGGUGAAUGCUGCCCCCUACAUUGCCAGUGCUGCCCUGGGUUGCUGGAUGUCUGACCCUGCCAACCGCAUCUUGGGUCGCCGUGGUACGAUCUUCAUCUCUGCGAUCUUCUGUGUCCUUGCGCCAAUCGGAUCUGCCUUCACCCAAAACUGGCCUCAACUCUUCAUCACUCGACUGCUGCUCGGUAUUGGAAUGGGUCUGAAGGCCUCGACGAUCCCCAUUUUCUGUGCUGAAAAUACACCCGCCGUCAUUCGAGGUGGACUGGUGAUGUGUUGGCAGCUUUGGACCGCCUUUGGUAUUUUCCUAGGAUUCUCUGCAAAUCUCGCAGUCAAAGAUACAGGUGCUUUGUCCUGGCGGUUGCAGUUAGGAUCUGCUUUUAUCCCCGCUAUUCCUCUCGUUCUCGGUGUGUACUUCUGCCCUGAGUCUCCGCGCUGGUACAUUCGGAGGGGCGAGAUGGCCAAGGCCUAUCGAUCUCUUUGCCGUUUGCGAAAUACCCCUCUGCAGGCUGCGCGUGAUCUCUACUACAUUCAUGCGCAGAUUCAGAUCGAGCAGAAUGUUAUUGGAGAGAGCAACUAUGUCACUCGAUUUGUCGAGCUGUUCACGAUCCCCCGGGUUCGCCGUGCUACUCUGGCUUCCUUCACUGUCAUGAUUGCGCAACAGAUGUGUGGAAUCAACAUCAUCGCUUUCUAUAGUUCAACCGUGUUCAAGAAUGCCGGUGCCGAUGAUCAAGGAGCCCUGUUUGCCUCAUGGGGCUUCGGUCUAGUCAACUUCCUUUUCGCCUUCCCCGCCGUUUGGACAAUUGACACUUACGGACGCCGUGCCCUUCUGCUUUUUACAUUUCCGCAGAUGGCAUGGACCUUGCUUGCAGCUGGCUUUUGCUUCUACGUUCCCGGAAAUGGAGGAGCUCAUCUUGGCUCCAUUGCUCUCUUCAUCUUCCUGUUUGCCGCCUUCUACUCGCCUGGCGAAGGCCCUGUGCCUUUCACUUAUUCUGCCGAGGUGUUCCCACUGUCCCACCGAGAGGUUGGCAUGUCCUGGGCUGUGGCUACCUGCCUCGGAUGGGCAGCCGUUUUGUCCAUCACCUUCCCCCGAAUGCUGUGGGCCAUGACUCCUACUGGGGCUUUCGGUUUCUAUGCUGGCUUGAACGUGACUGCCUUAGUCAUGAUCUUCCUUUUUGUCCCCGAGACGAAGCAGCGGACCCUCGAGGAGCUGGACUACAUCUUUGCAGUCCCCACUCGCGUCCACAUGAAGUACCAAGUCACCAAGGCACUGCCCUAUUGGUUCAAGCGCUAUAUUUUCCGCAUGAAUGUCGAGCUGGAGCCCCUUUACAAUCUCGACCACUUGACGACUGGCGAUGAAGUGGCUGCAGAGGUCCGGAAGCAGAGUAUUGUUUCUGAGCACAUUAAAGCAUGA